GUGACUCAGAAGUGACUUUAAUGCACUUAAUGGGUUUUAUGGUAAAAAUAUGAACUUUAUUAUUUUCUCGUUUUAUUGAGAUAGCAUCUUAUUAUUACCUCGGCUGGUUUUCACUAGGAAACUGUCUUCCAAUGCCUCUCCCUUUAAGGCCAAUCAGCUGCUGAAGGAGAGCGUCGUUGGUAUUGUUGCAUCUCUGGUCUCCUCCUUCCUUCCUCCCUCCCUUCCUCCUCCUCCUAUUUUCCACUCCCUUCCCUCAUCCACCCAUCCGUCCACUCCCUCUCCUCUCCACACACGCACACCGAUUUUCUCAUCGCCUCCUCCGCCACAAUGACCAACGAUUCUCCGGAGGAGGAGACCCGAGCUCCGGGUGGCGGCGGCGGAGGAGGAGGAGGAGAAGGAGGAGGAGGAGGAGGAGGAGGAGGAGGAGGAGGAGGGGGGAAAGGAAUCACCCGAAGGAACCCAGCGGACGACAAUGUGACCAUCCUGACAUCCUCCAUGGAUUACCAAAGAGCCGGCCGGAGCCGAGCCAGCAGCAGCAGCACCGACGCCGCCUCGAGCAUCACCUCCUCCCUGGAGCUGAGCAUCCAGACGCGGAUCUUUAAAAUCAUCGUCAUCGGGGACUCCAACGUGGGGAAGACGUGCCUCACCUUCCGCUUCACCGGGGGGAGCUUCCCCGAGAAGACCGAGGCCACCAUCGGCGUGGAUUUCAGGGAGAAGGCGGUGGAGAUCGAAGGGGAGACCAUCAAGGUGCAGGUAUGGGACACAGCAGGCCAGGAGCGCUUUCGCAAAUCCAUGGUGGAACACUACUACCGCAACGUCCACGCGGUGGUCUUUGUGUACGACGUCACCAAGAUGACUUCCUUCCGCAACCUACAGACAUGGAUAGAGGAGUGCAAUGGCCACCGGGUCUCAGCAUCAGUGCCUCGGGUCCUGGUGGGAAACAAGUGUGACCUCGUGGAGCACAUACAGGUGCCCUCCAACGUGGCGUUGAAGUUCGCCGACUCCCACAACAUGCUGCUGUUCGAGACGUCGGCCAAGGACCCGAGGGAGAGCCAGAACGUCGACUCCAUCUUCAUGUCCAUCGCCUGCCGCCUGAAGGCCCAGAAAUCCCUGCUCUACAGGGACGUGGAGAGAGAGGACGGGAGAGUCCGACUCACACAAGAGACUGAGACAAAGAGUAGUUGUCCUUGUUGAGGAAAAGGAGGAGUGGGAGGCGUAAUGGAAGGGGAAGAGUAACUGAACAUGUGAAAAAAGAGGGGGAGAGGGAUGAUGGGAGAGUGAGGCUAAAACAAGAGUCUUUUAAAUUACGUGCAACUUUUCAGGUUUUGGAGGAGGAAUGAGGCUGAUACUAAGAGCAAUGUGUUCCAAGGAAGAGGAUGGAGGAGGAUAGGGUGGAGAGAAGGUGCUGAAGAUAGAGAGAAAAGAGAGCAAAAGGGAUUCAUUAAGCAUUCAGAAAUGAGUCGAUGUUGCCUUUUAGACUACAGCAUAGUGUAGAAAUUCUUCCGUCUUUUCCAAACAUAGACAGAACCGACUGAAUAUACUUUCAGCGUGCCCAGUGCAAAGGCAAACAAAAAUAAGAGAUGAGUCAUUUGGGGAUUUACAACAAUGAUGCGAGGCUGCUGUUGCUGUUCAUGACAGCCAUUACUAACAGCAACCUAUUUGAACGCAGUCUUAUUUUUGUAGCCUGAUUGAUUGAUUUUCAUCCACAUCUUAGCUGAAAGCAGUAUUUCACAACCUACGGUAUGUCCGCUGCCUUAAAAAGCUGCCCCGGUCUUGGUUUUAAAAACUCAGUCAGGCAAAAGUAGCACAGAGGUUUCAAGUGGUUUAACCUACUUGAGUUGGUUUAUACAAUCACCAAACAGUCUGACAGACUUAAUGUGGAAAUAUCGACUUUUUGAGUCUAUUUGUCUGAGUCAAUUCUACAAGAGCAGGACAGUUGACUUCAAAUCACUGUGAGAUCAUGAAUACAGGGAAAAUAUGUGGAAACAUUUCCUAGACAAAGGUAAUGUGGAGAAAAUAUGGGGCAAAAAAACACCAGGUUAGCUCAAAGAACCUUUUCAGGAAGACCUUGACAACAAGGUUUCCUGAAGACAAAAACAGAGCAUCUAUUCUAGAGGUUGUCAGGCAGCGUGUCACAUAUUGAUUAAAAGAUCCUCUUACCCUUAUGCAGGAGAAAUGCACUCCCGUCAUCUAGCAUCUAAUCCUGACAUAAACUUAUGCUAUGCUAACCUUCUGCCACAUUGGUUUAUCCAGCUUUCUCUUUGUGUGAAAAUGCAAAAUCACCCACUUUUUCUGGGUGACUUCAAGAUCCCAGCCAGUACAGCGGGCCAUUAUCGUUUGUACACACUGUAUAGUUACUAUGACUGCUCUAGUCCGCGUAGGGAGGAAGUCCGGGUGGAUGGAUGGUCUUAAAAACAUGGCUUUCAAGCGGACGAAACACAAGACUUUCACCCAAGAAACGCGUGUUUUGUGUCCUGGGAGGUCUACUUAAAGAGACAGGUGUUUUAAUCAAAACCACUAUCUUAUUUCAAUUAUUAACUAGUCAUGUUAGUGCCUAAACUUAACUGUCGCCGCCGCACGACGGGCCGUUUUUGUUAACUAAACUUAACUGCAACAGCCUCCGAAAUGACCUCGCAAUGGCUGUUACCCCCUCCCAGUUAUCUUUUCUCGGGCAAAUGUAACUGUAAAGACAGCUUAACUCAACUGUCAUGUGACCGGGAGUCACGUGACCGGCCGGGUGUCGCCUAAUUUCGGAUGAUAUCAUACAAAUUGGUGUGCAUACAUUUUUGUACGAUAUCAUAAGCACGCCGUUGCCGAAUGCUGACAUUCGCAGCGAUUCAAAAAUAUUCUGCAAUGUGCUUUUUUUUUCCAAGUAAAAACCUUCUUUCUGUCUUGGAUGAUGUGCUCGCCACAUCAACAUCACUGCCUCCAGUCUCAGAGAGGACAGGAAACACGACAAAAACCUGUGACCCCUGUAUACAUAAUGGAUAUAUUUAUAGUGCUACACAUCCUGAGCCUGGGUGUGCGGUACGAGUGGACUUUUUAGCCGGGUGUCUGUAUAAGGGAACAAGUCCAGGUGUGUUCGAGCCAUGGAUGAUAUACAGGCUGCAUGAAACACUGUAGAAAGCCAUAUUUAUUAUUAACCCUACACAGAGAUGCUUUGCAUUGAGAUCGCUCCCAGCUGGGUUGUGGAGGGACACUGGACAUAACUCAGAGUUGGAGCUAUGAAGCAACAAUCCACGCGCCUGACUGUGGCGCUGUCACUUUGAUAUAACAGCACAUGACAUUGUAGCCUACUUUUGCAAUCCUAUAAAUUUAUUUGGAUGCCAUAUGUAAAAGAAAAUCCGAUCGGCGAACAUUUCAGACCCCGUUCCCUCCAAGAUGACAGUCUGAUCAUGUCCUAGUUUAUUCACCUCACUGAGUCAUUUAAACACUGCAAAUCCAAAUUAAAUCCAUACAGCUAUUGUCUGUGUCGUAUCAGGUUUUGUGGAUUUUCACUCUUUACUUUAUUCUUCAAACAUUUAUGUUUGUGUCAGACGGGGGAUUAAGCAGCCGUUACAGGGGAAUAAAAUGGAUUUCUUUUCUUUUUUUUUAAACACAAUUGUACAAUACAAUUCUAAUUGCACAGGCAAAUCUGCGACAUGCAACCCAGAGCCAUAGAUUCAACAAAUCUGGGCAAAAGAACACACAGAAACUAGGAUAACGUCCAUGUAACCAUUUUCAAAACUGCUUAAUCUGUUAGUCUUCUUAUACGUACAUGGGAGGAGGGGUACACCUUACAACAGUUUAUCUCUUAACAGCUAUCUGUGGCUGUUUACCCUUUGGUUAGCAUAAUCGGGCUAAUUUAGUCGCUGUAAUACAUGUUAGACGACUGUACUAGCCUAAUUAGAGGAACAACAUGUUGUGGUAAAAAGAAGAAUGUGCCUAUAUUUCCUUCCUAAACUUACCAGACCUGAAUAAAGAUUUAUAGCAUUUGACUUGGUUUCAAAUGAUUGAAAAAAAGAAAGGUAUAAUUAAGUUAGCCUUAAGCCUCAGUACUCAUUAUGGUUAUUAAUUUCACAUUUUACAUUAAGCUCUCUCUUAAUUUUCUUUUUCAAACAUUUGAAAUCAUAACCACUUUGUGUUUUACGGAGGAGGAUCAGGGCCACGUGAACAUUUGAUUUCAUUUCUGAGUUUAAACUCCAAAUCCUGACUUUA